UUACUUUCUAACUCCAUCACCGACAGUCCGCCUUAGUCCGCCUAGCUCAGCGAAAGUCUCAUUGUCCAAGCGUAUCUGUAUUUUACUUGCAAUUCACAAGUUUGACCUCACAACCGUCUUCUCGGUCUAAACUUCUUAACGCGUUCACAACCUGCAGCAUUUCGGUUCCCACCACGUGAACAAGAACAGGGACCAAGGGCCGGAAGUGCGUCCAACUCGUGUAGCAAAGAGCCCUGAGCUAAUCUUCCGAAUCGUACUAAUUCUUCCGCUCCUCCACCGUCUUUCCUGCUUACCUCGUGUCUUUACCCACAGCAAUAUUCUUCAAACUUCCUACACAUCCAUAAAAGUCAACAAACUCGAACCAUCAGCACUCAGGGACGCCACAAACAGUCUCUUUUCUUCUCGCCCUCAGCAGCAUGUCUUCUGUGGAGCGCAAUCAAACCCCAGACGGCGACGACCUCGCUGAGCCGCAGUCUACAGACCUUCAACCUCAAAUGACAGUUCAUCCCGUCAAUGGCUACUCUAGUAUGCCAAUGCAUAUGUAUCCUUUCCCACCCGGCCUAGUUGCCACACAACCUCUUCGUUCCAAACGCAGGCAAGUCAAAAACGCUUGCACAAACUGCCAGAAGGCAUGCAAGAAGUGUGACGACGCCCGUCCUUGCCUCCGUUGCGUCAAAUAUGGCAUCGCUGAAGAGUGUGUCGAUUCCCAGCGCAAGGAGAGGAAAAAAGGCGUGAAAAGGGGACCCUACAAGAAGCGCGAUGGCAAAGGCACCAAUGCCGACAUUGGCGAUGUGCCCGAGCAACCUAGCAUUCCCGUCACGACGGAAGUGCCAACCCAGUCGGCGUCGCCGCCUUUGCAGGCGACUUAUAUGGCGCCUAUUGGGUAUUCAAUGUUCCCGGGACAGUUCCCAGGUUCGCCUACUCCCAAGCCUGGCGAGCCAUCCCCGGCGUACUAUCCCCAGUUCUAUGCAAUCACCCCCGUGCCUCAUCCUGGACAGAAUGGGCAUCCAGGUCAAGACCCAGAACAGGGCUACCCGUCCAUGGCCCAGUACAUUCCGGCCGCAUUCCUUCCAUAUGCGCCGCAGUCGUAUGGAUACAUGUAUCCGCACCGCCCUGACGGCCAGAUGCAGAUGAUGAGCCCCCAUUAUGCUCCUUAUCCCCAGAUGUACGGCAAGCCGCCUUCGGCUGGGGGUUCAAGCGACUCUGGCCAUCUCAAUGGGCGGAAUCACGGUGACGACUAGACGAGGUACAUAGCGUCUCAAAGGAACCCUUUUCCCCAUUUAACUUCUUGAUUUCGCGUAACGUGCCCUUGUGAUGUGUCGUUUGUAUAUUAAACGGAGGGCUUGUUUAAACCUACAUGCAUCCAUCUCAUCUCGCCUUGCCUACGUCGUUCCUGUACUGUUAUAUAGCAUUGUCCAUACCUCGUUGUUCGUUGUGCCUAGGUCUAUUUGCUUGAUGCAUUGUUGCCUUUGCCAUCUUUGACUGAUCUCCAUUUGCUUCAAUAUGACUCG